GAGGCGGGCUGGGCCCCGGGAGGAGGGAAGAGGCGGGGCGGCCUCUCCUCCAGCCGCGCCUCGCUCGGGCACCUCCUCCUCCUCCAUUUUGCUGCGUCCUGGUGGCCGGAGGGGACUCCCGAGGUUUCAGAAUGUCAUAUCCAGGAUAUCCUCCCUCUGGCUACCCUGCUUUCCCUGGUUAUCCGCCCACAGGGCAAGACUCUGCUUAUCCUCCUGCUGGUCAGUAUCCUUACCCUUCUGUGCCUGGAGGCUUCCCACCGAUGGGUGGCGGUGCAUAUCCUGCUGCCCCACCAUCUGGAGGAUUCCCCGCAACGGCAGGAUACCCACCUGCAUCUGGAGGAUAUCCCCCUGCGCCUGGUGGAUACCCUGGGGCUCCUCAGCCUGGUGGGAUGCCAGCUUAUCCUGGAGGGGCCGGGUUUGGGGCACCCUCAAAUGGUUCUGGCUUUGGCUACCCACAGCCUCCAUCCCAAUCGUAUGGUGGGGGUGCACCUGCACAAAUGCCAGUUGGGUAUCCUGGUGGACAAACAACUAGCCCCACACCUUCUCAGCCUGCAGCAAUGAUUCAAGCCACACAAGGCACGAUUAGACCAGCUGCUAACUUUGAUGCAGGGAGAGAUGCUGAGAUUCUUCGCAAGGCUAUGAAGGGUUUUGGGACUGAUGAACAGGCCAUCAUUGAUGUUGUGUCCAACCGUUCUAAUAGUCAGAGGCAACAAAUUAAGGCUGCUUUCAAGACCAUGUAUGGCAAGGAUUUAAUUAAAGAUCUGAAGUCUGAACUAAGUGGAAAUAUGGAAGAGCUGAUCCUUGCAUUGUUCAUGCCAAGUACCUAUUAUGAUGCCUGGAGUUUACGGCAUGCUAUGAAGGGAGCAGGAACACAGGAGAAUGUAUUGAUUGAGAUUCUUUGCACAAGGACCAAUCAGGAGAUCCGAGAAAUAGUCAGAUGUUACAAAACUGAAUUUGGAAGAGACAUUGAGCAGGAUAUUCGUUCUGAUACAUCAGGACACUUUGAACGAUUACUUGUAUCUAUGUGUCAGGGCAAUCGGGAUGAGAAUCCAAAUGUUGAUUACCAAAAAGCUCAACAAGAUGCUCAGAGGCUUUACCAAGCAGGUGAAGGAAAACUGGGGACAGAUGAAUCUUGUUUCAAUAUGAUCCUGGCAUCUAGAAGCUUUCCCCAGCUGAAAGCCACCGUUGAAGCCUAUUCUCAGAUUGCUAAUCGUGAUCUACUGAGCAGCAUUGGACGGGAAUUUUCAGGAAAUGUAGAACGUGGCCUGAAGGCUAUCUUGCAGUGUGCCUUGAAUCGCCCAGCCUAUUUUGCAGAGAGACUUUAUCAUGCCAUGAAAGGAGCGGGAACGGAUGAUUCAACACUGGUCAGAAUUGUAGUCACUCGCAGCGAGAUUGACCUUGUGCAAAUAAAAAUGCUGUUCACUCAGAUGUUCCAGAAGACUUUGGCCACAAUGAUAUCAAGUGACACAAGUGGAGACUAUAGACGCUUGCUCUUGGCCAUUGUUGGCCAGUAGAGAGCAUCCUUGGACCAGAAGAAGCAGCUGGGUAGGCAAAGAGCCAACUAUAUCGCAGCAUAUAAGUUAUCCUAGAAUAUAUAAAUAAGUAUGCUUUGGCUGAUUUGAAGAGAUUUUAUUUUGCACAUAUAAUAGCCUUAAAUUUAAUGCAAAUCUUGUACUUUAUAAUAUAUAAAAAUAAGAUACUUGCUACAUAACUGGUGUGAGAUGUGUUUUUAAUUUUUUGUUUUGUUAUGGGGCAAUAAUCUAAUAACACUUAAAUGUAAAUCACACUUCUUAUUAUAAGCUUUCAUAAUACAAACACAUGGACAUAUCAUCAAAGGUAUAUUCCAGUCCAUUUUCAUGUAGAAAAUUAAGUUUCAGACUCAAGGUAGACUACGCAGCACCAUCCAUGCAUAUGGAAAAUGUUGCAUUAGGGGUAAGAUCAUUUCCCCAGUUUUCAGAAGAACAUAAUCCUGGGGAAUGAUGGUAGCCCCCACAGCUGUCCUACAGAAUGACAGAGCACUAUGCAUCAGUUGGGAGGAAAAAAGGACGUGGUCAUGAGCUCCCAUGCCAUGCGUAAGUGAAAUGGGUCUUCCUAGAAAAAGACCUGGCUAAUUUGCUCAAGUGGGUCCUUGAAUCUGCACAAUGGAAGAUUUUGUUGCACGUCUUGCAUGUUGUCUGUAAACUAAUACCAAACUGGAAGAAUAUUGCCAAAAGUUUUGGCACGGGUGUUACACAAAUGCCAGUAAACUCAUUCGUAGUAUUUUCCAUCCUGUGUCAUGUAAAGCUAAUUGAAACAAAGCUGUGUUUAUAAAAAGGGAGCAGUUAAAGUGACUUGAUGGAGACAUCUAAAGUGCUGUUUGUGUAAGAUUAAAAGAAACUAAAACCAA